UACUCCACCUUGGAACGCAUCCGAUUCCCACGAGAAGCUGGAAAAGUUGCUGGGACGACUGCCAAAUUGGGUUGUUCAGUAGCAUGGACAGAGAAAGGUGAUGCGUACGCGUGGGGAUGUGACACAAGCGGUCAACUUGGCUUGGGUUUGAAGGACGAUGAUGAAAAGAUCGUUCCAACGCCACAGAAAAUUACGUCAGCGCAUUUGGAUGGAUACAAAAUUAUUUGUGCCUCGAUUUCUGACAAUCACUGUCUGUUUUUGGCCAAAAAAGCGUGA